CCAUGGAGAGGGGCGUGGCGCAGCGCCGCUGCUGGCGGCGGGGUUACUUCACGUCGGUGUCUCGGCGCAAGCCGGCCGGCUGAUCUAUCGGUUUUCAUGGUGAUCGCUCGGAGCGCCGAGGACUACCGGAGCGCCGGGCCUUACCCCAUCCUUUCGCCACUCCCCUUUCGCGGGGGCCAUGUCCCGCGGGCACUGCCACCACCUGCUGUGGGACGUGCGGAAGCGGAGCCUGGGGCUCGAGGAGCCCGGCCUGCUGCGGAGGCACUACCUCGGGAGAAGAGAAUUUAUUCAAAGAUUAAAACUUGAAGCAACCUUGAAUGUGCAUGAUGGAUGUGUGAACACAAUUUGCUGGAAUGAUACAGGAGAGUAUAUUUUGUCUGGUUCGGAUGACACCAAUCUGGUAAUUAGUAAUCCCUACAGCAGAAAGGUUUUAACAACUAUUCGCUCAGGACACAGGGCCAAUAUUUUUAGUGCAAAAUUCUUACCAUGCACCAAUGACAAACAUAUUGUAUCUUGCUCUGGAGAUGGAGUAAUUUUUUACACUAAUAUUGAACAAGAUGCAGAGAUCAACAGACAAUGCCAGUAUACGUGCCACUAUGGAACUACCUAUGAGAUUAUGACAGUACCAAAUGAUCCCUAUACUUUCCUCUCUUGUGGUGAAGAUGGCACUGUAAGAUGGUUUGAUACUCGAAUCAAAACAAGUUGCACAAAGGAAGAUUGUAAAGAUGAUAUUUUAAUAAACUGUCGUCGUGCUGCCACUUCUGUUGCUAUCUGCCCACCAGUCCCGUACUAUCUUGCUGUGGGUUGUUCUGACAGCUCAGUAAGAAUAUAUGAUCGACGAAUGCUUGGUACAAGAGCAACAGGAAAUUAUGCUGGUAGGGGCACUGUUGGAAUGGUGGCACGUUUUGUUCCUCCUCAUCUCAAUAACAAAUCCUGCAGAGUAACAUCUCUAUGUUAUAGUGAAGAUGGACAAGAGAUCCUUGUUAGUUACUCUUCGGAUUACAUAUACUUGUUUGAUCCCAAGGAUGACACAGCAAGAGAACUUAAAGUUCCUUCUGCUGAAGAGAGACGGGAAGAGUUACGGCAACCUCCUGUUAAACGCUUGCGGCUAAGAGGGGAUUGGUCAGACACUGGACCAAGAGCAAGGCCGGAGAGUGAACGAGAAAGAGAUGGGGAGCAAAGUCCUAAUGUCUCUCUGAUGCAGAGGAUGUCAGACAUGCUGUCAAGAUGGUUUGAAGAAGCUAGUGAAGUUGCACAAAGCAGUCGAGGAAGAGGACGAUCACGGUCCAGAGGUGGGACUAAUCGGACAGAUGCUCCUGCUACUAAUAAUGUGCCACCUACUACAGAAUCAGAAACUGCAAUGGAAUUAGAUGGUUCUGAACCACUUCCAUCAUCUUCCUCUUCUACAAUGUCAGCCCGAGCUCCUUCAACGCCAUCUUCAACAGAAAGUCCCCCUUCAACUUCAUUAUUGUCCUCCCCUGAUAAUGAACAAAGGCCUUCCUUAGGGGCCUCAGCUCAACCUGUGCUCCAUCAGUCUGAGAGUGAUAAGCCACGAACAGGAGCGGGUGAACCGGUUUUAAGUUUGCACUAUAGUACAGAAGGAACAACUACAAGCACGAUAAAGCUGGACUUCACUGAUGAGUGGAGCAGCACAAAUUCAAGCUCUAGAGGAAGUGGAAGUCAUUGCAAAACUGAAGGCCAAGAUGACUCUGUGAAAACAAAAGCCUCAGAAGAAUCGGGGCCUGAAGAUGAAGAAACAAGAGUUCCUGAUGCAUCUCCCAAGGAAGACGCAAGUGCUGAAGAGCUGAAAACUACAGAUGACACUAUAGAGACGACAGAAGCAUCUGUAUCAGAUAAACCUGGUCCUGAGCAUUCUGGAAUCCAUCCAGAAGAAAAUGACCCCAGUGUUGAUGCUGUCUCUGGAAAUGUAGAGGAAGAAGCCUCCUGUGAAAAAAGUGUGAAUCAAGAAAUGUCAAGUCAAAGUACUGAAUCCACUGCCAACUCACUUGCUGCAAACAAUGAACCUCAACCACACCCAGAAUCCUCAGGGCUUGCACCUCCAGAUGAGUCCUCUACUAGGACCUCAGCUCUUCAAGAAACUGAUGAUAGUGAUGAUGAUCCUGUUCUGAUCCCAGGGGCAAGGUAUCGAGGAGGACCAGGACACAGAUAUAAUAUCAGAGGAACAGCGAUAGAUGAUAGAAUAAUGAGACGAUCUGCUGUUGCCCGCAUUCAGGAGCUCUUCAGGAGAAGGAAAGAAAGAAAAGAAAUGGAAGAACUGGAAACACUGAAUAUUAGACGUCCUUUAAUAAAGAUGGUUUAUAAAGGUCAUCGGAACUCCCGAACAAUGAUAAAAGAAGCCAAUUUUUGGGGAUCUAAUUUUGUCAUGAGUGGUUCAGACUGUGGCCACAUUUUCAUAUGGGAUCGACAUACUGCUGAACAUCUCAUGCUGCUGGAAGCUGAUAAUCAUGUGGUGAACUGUCUUCAGCCUCAUCCAUUUGAUCCAAUUCUGGCCUCUUCAGGUAUUGAUUAUGAUAUAAAAAUUUGGUCACCACUGGAAGAAUCCAAGAUUUUUAACAGAAAACUUGCAGAUGAGGUUAUAACACGUAAUGAAUUAAUGCUGGAAGAGACCAGAAACACUAUUACUGUUCCAGCUUCUUUUAUGUUACGAAUGUUGGCUUCAUUGAAUCAUAUAAGAGCAGACCGUUUGGAAGGUGACAGAUCAGAAGGAUCUGGUCAGGAGAAUGAAAACGAAGAUGAAGAGUAACCAGCAGUUGUGUGCAAGCACCUAGACAUUAAUGGAAUUUGUAUAAGACAUUUAUAUUUUUCCUUACAGAGCUUUAGUGCAAUUCUGAGGUAUUGCUUUUGGAUAACCUAACCUUUUGUUUUUGAAUGACUGUGUGCAUGACUUUGGGAGAGUGUGCAAGUUAAAAUAAGCAAAAAUGUUUUUAAAAUGUUUUGGCAUGUAUGAUGGGUGCUAGAAGAUGCAAAGUGCAAUAUUUUCCUUAACCUGCACAUGUGGGAGCUUAGAUCAAUGUUUUAAAAUAACUUUCAUUAUAGUAAUAAAGUUGGUUCAAAUAAAUUUCUAUACCUGCCAUUUGCAUGUUUGUUGCUUUCUAAUUAAAAGGCUUGGUUGUUUUAAGUAGUUUUCUGUUUUAAUUUUGUACAACCAUUGAUUUAUCACGUUGUAACUAUAACCUCAUUACUGCCUUCAUGUGCAUUUUUUCUUAUAAUGUUUGUGAAGUGACAAAUACAAUUAUUUCUUACAGUGA